CUGGUGGAAAUGGGCUUCCACAGUGCAAAUGGAGUGGAGUUAGUGACACUGUGUAAAGUAAAGUAAAGUUAUUAAAGUAAAGUUAUUAUAUAUAAUAUUUAAAUUAAACACGUGAUUCCUCAUUUAUUAUAGAUUAAAAGUGCAGUUCCUACUUCAGCCUGCAGUCCAGCGGGGGCGCUAAAGCACCAAAGAGCCGGACGACAACCGCAGUCAACCGAGACGAAGAAGAAAGAGAAGUAGAGUAAAAAAAAAAAAAAAAAACUUUUCCUUAAAUCCGCCAUUUCAGCCCGCGAGUUUCUUGUUGCACAUUAGUUUAGAUUUAUUUAUUCUGUCUCACUUUGAACGCUUAAAAGUCCCUCCAACUAAACCGCCUGACUGAACGGUUAAAAUCGCGCUAUUUGGGCCGUUUUUCUCUCCUAACUUCAGCGAUAGUCAGACCAAAGUUGCGUGUAUGAGUCGCGGAUAGGGAGAGGCGGAGGGGGGGACAAGGCCUCAAGCCUCGGACUAGAUUUACAACCAUGGCGGGUAAUUUUGACGCCGAAGACCGCGGCAGCUGGUACUGGGGCCGGUUGAGCCGCCAGGACGCCGUGUCCCUCCUCCAGGGGCAAAGACACGGCGUUUUCCUGGUGCGGGACUCGAUCACCAGCCCCGGAGACUACGUGCUGUCCGUGUCGGAGAACUCCAAAGUGUCCCAUUAUAUAAUCAACAGCAUCAGCAACAACCGGCAGUCCGGCUCAGGUCUGGCUCCUCCUCGGUUUCGGAUCGGGGAUCAGGAGUUUGAGGCGCUGCCGUCCCUGCUGGAGUUCUAUAAGAUCCACUACCUGGACACCACCACGCUCAUAGAGCCCAUAAGCAAGGCCAGAAACACGGGCUUCGUCAGCUCCUCUGCCGGCGUCCCGCAGCAGCCCGGUGGGAGACAUGGUAAAAGUGACCAAGAUCAACGUGAACGGCCAGUGGGAGGGCGAGUGCAAAGGCAAACGAGGCCACUUUCCCUUCACCCACGUCCGACUGUUGGAACAGCACAAUCCCGACGACGAGAGCUGAGGAACGCACGCUCUCCCCCCUUCCCGCCGCCUUUUCGACGGCGUCCGGCACAAACCCUUCUCCUCCUUCGUCACGCUCGGAAAAGAAAACGAUUUCUACAAGCACACAGUAUAUGAACCUACGAGCUACGCCAAUGCAAGACGUGUCGGGUGACCUUACCUAAUGUCAUUUUGAAGAGUUUACACUAAGGUCAGACUGAUAUCGGUUUGCCUAUAAUAGCUUAUUUUUUAAAAGGAUUACACACUGCUGCUGUUGCUCCUCGCCUACAGCCUCAUUUAAAAAAAAAAAAUUCAGCAUUAAAUAUUUCUUGUAUUCAGAUAGAUAGCAGCGUUUAAUAUUUAUUAAUGUUACACUCAAAAGGAACAGUCUUGUGUGUCGUCUUAUCCGCCAUCACAUAGGAAGGUUUGUUUCAUCGCUGUGCAUCCAGUACAGAGAACGGGUGUGGAAAUGAGACACUAUUUAAGGGUGCGUUCACAACAUGUUUGGUUCAAACAAACUCUGGCGCGUUUACUCGUUUUAGUUCGGUUCAUUUUGGCCGAUGUGGAAGCUAAUUGAUUAAGUGAUCGAUUGAAAAGUGGGAUUUCAGUUUCCAAACCAACUCAGAAGGAUUUUUGUGACAGUUGAUGUGAUUUGUUUUUAAUGAAAUCAAAAUAUAAACUUAAAUCCAUCCGCUGACCGGGAACCGAUGGGAUGAAUAAAAUCUCCUAAGUGAUUUACACACUAAUUAGGCAAGAUAAUCUGGUAACCAUGGUAACGCGCGCACGUCAGCAAGUGUGUUUGGGGAUCUUCCUCAAACGGGGUUCAGUCAGAGCUGUCGUGCUUGUGUCUCACUCUGUAUUUUAAGCAGUUCUUCAUUAAAAAGAGGAGUGGAAACGGUAAAUAUAUCCUCCUCUAACGAUACAACACGCCUCUCUUAUCAUCCGGUUUCUACAUAUUAGGCAUUAUCUCUCAUAACUCUGGUGGUUUGAGUUGCAGUCUUGACCAAGUGAUGCCUGUAGCCAUUCAUAAGCUGCAUGACUUGCAGUUAGUCACUGAUGAUUCAGGAUGACAGUGAGUCAGCUAAACUGUCCGAUCAAUGAGUCACCUGCAGGGUGGGAAAUCAGCAUCAGAGAGUGUCUGGUUGGUUUCAGACACUAAAUAAUGAUUUACUGGGGAGUGGCUGGUGAAUUUGAACCUUUAUCCGUCUGCUGCUGGCGUUCCCCGUCCCGGUCGUCUGUCAGUCCGUAGCAUUUAAUGUGGACAGCUUUGAAACCACCGCCCAAAGAUCCUCUAAUUCUUUGCCAUCGAAUGAACCAAACUACUACGCAGUAAAACGUCUGAGCUGUUUCGUGAUCAAUAGAAGCUACUAAUCCUACAAUAAUUCAAUCAGGGCUUUUGAACGACUUCAGGGAGACCGUCAGCGGGGGGAAAGGAGUGAAAACUGUUGGCAAAAUGUCACUUUUUGAUCCAGAACCGAGCAGCGUUAGGCGGCAGUAACCGAUAUCAGUCGAUCCCUAGUUUACACACCUCCAGCACAGUAUUUGAAGUCUGCACAUACGCAGCAGAGUCGAGCUACUCUUCCCUUCCUGCGGUGUCUGUCUGUGCGUCCCCACCCACUACAUCUCAUUCACACGCAGAAGGGAAACAGGGAGAACAAAUCGAAUUGCACACAGGAGACAAAACACUUUCUCACAGAAUCAUGAAUCAGUGAGUUUUUGUAGUGCUAGACUGUGAAACCUCGGAGUGAAACGAGCAAAGACUUUAUCCCCCCCACCCCCACCGCGCCGACGACUGCGUCUUGUGGAGAAGGACGAUCCUCCUUCGCCAAGACGACGUCACCAACUUAUCACAUCCCUCACUACAAACCAAGUCCUCUUUUCUUUUUGUACUAAAAGUGGAAAAUAUUAUGAUAGAAUUGACUAUAUAUACACACCUUACAUGCUAAAAUACUGUAAACAUGUUUUUCCUUCCUUUAUAUUUGAGUUACUUUUUGCUACCAGAGACUACACCUAUUAUUAUAAUUAUUAUUAUUAUUUUAUGCUCCUCUUUUAAAACACUGUUCAGUGCCAACAUGGACGACGUCACAGAACAAAAUAAUCACCCUUUCAAGGAGGAAGGAGCGAUUCCCUUGAGGCUGUUGUUUGGACGAUGACAGGAGAAAGGUUGAGGGAUUUUAUUUUUGUCUUCCAGCCGGCUCUUUGUGACGCUAUCAUUCGGAGAGAUGCUCGUCGGAUAAACAUCCACCCUAAAACACUAAUGCCAUUUGCAUCUUUACGUACAAACAGACACUUUAUGCCGUGCCGGUCGUUACCUGUAGGUUUUUUAUAUUGUUUCUCAUCCUCGUUGAAUGCACAUGCUGUUAUUACACAUAAAGCUUUUUAUAAACACACAUGGGCCCACUGAGCAUUAUGUCACUGACUAUAAACCAUAAAACGGUCUGUUGCUGUAGGAAUUUGAGCUAAAUGGCGACGCACCCUUUGACCUUUGGCUCAGAAGCAGGCAGAUCACCAACAUUAAACUCGUUAUAACAUUGUAAACACUAAUUAGGCGGCUUGCAGGUGGUUGUAAAGUGCAGUAAACGCCGAUGAGACGGAUGUAACGCUGUUCGGUCCCUCAAGGAAGUUGCGUUUUUGCACAGAAAUCUGCACGACUUUGCAAUUUCAUCUUAACUUUUCCUGCAAAUCUGACCAAUCGGCGUAACGUUGAGCUAUGUGUCAGGAAACUACUAGCGACUAGCACAUAUUGUUGCCUAAAAACGAAGAAAAGCUGAUGUGAAAUCAGGCAUUUUUAGGCUGCAAAGUCCUGCAGGGACUGAGAGUUUCCGGUGACAAUAACGUGUGUAUUUUAAAGGUCCAGUGUAUUUUAAAGGUCCAGUGUGUAGGAUUUAGUGGCAUUUAACAGUAGUGGUUGACGGAUAUGCCGAUGUUUAGAGAGCAGGGCUGCAAAUAGCCGGAAUAAAAACAAAGAAAAGUCUUGUGUAAUUCAACUCUGUAAGAAAUUGAGGUAAAUGUUUACAGCAGGAUGCAUUACAGUUCUAGUUCAGGGCUCAAAACCAGCUGUUUCACCACCUUCCCAGAACUGAUUAUCAGUCUUUCUCCAUCUAGCAGUGUGUGUGUUAC